AUGGCCCCCGGCUGGCCGCUGGCCCUCGCCUCGCUGCUGGCCCUCGCCGCCGCCGCUGCCACCGACGCGGGGACCUCGUGGAGCGCCGUGCCCAGGAGGACUGUCCCCUACGCGGAGCUGCAGGACGCAGCCAAGCGCUUCUCUCAGGGCGGGGUCUCUCACUACCUGACGCUGACGCUGGACGAGGCCGAGGGGCUGCUCUACGUGGGCGCCCGCGAGGCCGUGUUCGCCCUGGCCACCGGCACCGUGGAGCUCAAGGCGGCGAUCUCCUGGGAGGCGCCCGUGGAGAAGAAAGCGGAGUGCGUGCAGAAGGGCAAGAACAACCAGACCGACUGCUUCAACUACGUGCGCUUCCUGCAGAGCUACAACAGCUCCCACCUCUACGCCUGCGGCACCUACGCCUUCCAGCCCAAGUGCACCUACAUCGAGCUGUCCGGCUUCACCUUGGACCAGGUGGCAUUUGAGGACGGCAAAGGGAAGUGUCCCUACGACCCCACCAAGGGCCACACCGGCCUCAUCGUGGACGGGGAGCUCUACUCCGCCACCUUCAACAACUUCCUGGGCACGGAGCCCGUCAUCCUGCGCAACCUGGGCCCGCACUACUCCAUGAAGACCGAGUACCUCACCUCGUGGCUCAACGAGCCCCACUUCGUGGCGUCGGCGUUCGUGCCGGAGAGCGCGGGCAGCGGCGACGACGACAAGGUGUACUUCUUCUUCAGCGAGCGCGCCGUCGAGUACGACUGCUACGCCGAGCAGGUGGUGGCACGCGUGGCACGGGUCUGCAAGGGGGACGUGGGCGGCGCGCGGACGCUGCAGAAGAAGUGGACGUCGUUCCUCAAGGCGCGCCUGCUGUGCUCGGCGCCGGAGCAGCAGCUGCACUUCAACCGCCUGCAGGCCGUGUUCACGCUGCCCGGCGCCCGCUGGCAGGACACCGCCUUCUUCGGCGUCUUCCGCGCCCGCUGGGGGGAUGUGGACGUGUCGGCCAUCUGCCGCUACCACAUCCUGGAGGUGAAGAAGGCCUUCGAGGGGCCCUACAAGGAGUACCGCGAGCAGGCGCAGAAGUGGGGACGCUACUCGGGCGAGGUGCCCAGCCCCCGGCCCGGCGCGUGCAUCACGGACUGGCACCGUCAGAACGGCUUUGCCAGCUCUCUGGAGCUGCCGGACAACACGCUCAACUUCGCCAAGAAGCACCCGCUGAUGGACGAGCCGGUGCCGCCGCAGCGCGGGCGCCCGCUGCUGCUCAAGAAGGACGCCAACUUCACCCAGCUCGUGGUGGACCGCGUGGCAGGGCUGGACGGGGCCACCUACGAGGUGCUGUUCAUCGGCACAGGUGACGGCUGGGUGCACAAGGCGCUGGAUCUGGGCACCCACAUGCACCUGGUGGAGGAGCUGCAGGUGUUCGAGCCGGCGCAGCCCGUGGAGAGCCUGGCGCUGGCGGGCACCAAGAAGCUGCUGUUCGCCGGGUCCCGCUUGCAGGUGGCACAGCUGCCCCUGGCCGACUGCGGGCGCUACCAGUCCUGCACCGACUGCGUCCUGGCACGGGACCCCUACUGCGCCUGGAGCCGCAACCGCAGCGCCUGCGUCCGCACCGACGGCCACAACGGCUCCCACCUGGUGCAGGACGUGCUGAGCUCCAACACUGGCGCCUGCUCCGUGCCGCAGGUGGCCAAGCAAGGGCCCCUCACGCCCAAGAAUGUGACGGUGGUGGCGGGCACGGACCUGGUCCUCACGUGCCGCCUGGGCUCCAACCUGGCGCGGGCGCUCUGGACCUUCGAGGGCCGGGCGCUGGCGGCCGAGCAGGUGCUGGUGCUGGGCGAGGCGCGGCUGCGGGCGCUGGUGGUGCCGGGCGCGGGCGCGCAGCACAGCGGCACGUACCGCUGCCUGGCCGAGGAGCAGGGCGCCCGCCUGGCCGCCCAGGAGUACCGGGUGGCCGUGCUGGCGGGGCCGGGGGCGCCGCUGGAGACGCGGGCGCCGCUGGAGAGCCUGGGCGUGGUGUGGGUGCUGGCCGUGUGCCUGGGCGCCCUGUGCCUGCUGCUGCUGCUGGCCGUGCUGUCGCUGUGGCGCCGGCUGCGCCAGGAGCUGGGCAAGGGCGCCAAGGCCAUCGAGAGCACCCUGGUGUACCCCAUCGAGCUGCCCAAGGAGCCGCCCAGCCCGCGCUUCGUGUCCAGCGCCGCCUCCGACUCGGACGAGAAGCUCUGGGACCCUUCCAGCUACUACUACUCGGACGGCUCGCUCAAGAUCGUGCCGGGCCACGCCAGCACGGCCGGCAGCGCCUGCUGCCGCAACGGCGGCCCCGGUGCCGCAUCGCCGCCCGCCGCCAUCCCCGGGCAGCCGCUGCACUCGCCCACCCGCAUCCACCUGGGCCCCCUGCGCGGCUCCGCGUCCAACGGCUACAUCCGGCUGGCGCUGGGCGCCGAGGAGCGCCCGGCCUGCGCCGACCUGGCCGAGGAGCUGCGGCGCAAGCUGCAGCAGCGCCAGCCCCUGCCCGACUCCAACCCCGAGGAGUCGUCGGUGUGACAGC